AUGAAUCAAAAACGCUUGUCUUCCUUGGUGGAGGGCUACUCAUCCGGCCCUGGCUCGUCAGCCGCGGGGCCGGCCCACCGCCGACCGGAGUCACCACAUCAAUCUGAUUAUUGCGCUCCGGUCCCCAGUGGGCGGCUUUGGAAUGUGGAGAGGAGUUUAUUCCCUGAGAAUGACUCCAGUCUUGAUCAGGAUGAACCGCUCAACCUGUCCUGUGUGACCAAGGAAACAUCCCAGCAUGAUUGCGCACGCCAUCGCUUCAUCGUCUGGGCCGCUGUAAAGCGCAACUUGUCCCCUAACCUACCGCAAGCGAAGAAGUUGGAAUGUCCGCUGCUCAGAUGUGAACUGCGCUUUUCUGACCACGAGGCUAUGCUCAGGCACCUGGCUGGGUGCAAAUAUCUUGCAGAGGGCGAAUAUUGGUGCUUCGACCAUCAGCGAGUUGAGCGUUUUAACGAUGUCAAAUGCAAGCGCUGUCUAGGCCAUCCGUCCAAGAGGAGGAAGAUAUUGAACCUCGCCAAAAACUUUUUUCAUUCGCUCGGCCACAAAUCCAAGAAAGCUUCCGCCUCAGAAAUCGACGUCGAUGCUGCCCUGUCGAGCCCUCUGUUGACUUACUACGACUCUCUCAAUAUAAAGGCUGUUAACGACACGCCCUCAGAGCUUCCAACAACAACUGAGAUUGCCGCCGAGCUUGAGGCUGCUCCAGUCAAUCAUACACCGGAUUGGAUUUUUGAGUCGGCGCCGGAGCCAGUUUUCGCGCCGUUCGCGCCGGACCCGACCGAUUCAAUCAACCCCCAAGCUCUUUUCAUGCCACCAACAACUUCUCAUGUCGAGCUUGACUCCGCUAUGGCUGUCGAUGGCACGUUUGCACAAUGGCAGUUACCAUCCGUGUCAACACCGACGACGAUGGCUUCGGCAUUGAUGCCACUGAAUUCAGUUUCGACUGAAGAUGGAUUCCCGAAGAACUCUCUUGUCAAGCCGACGCUUCAGGUUAUCACCGAAGGUCUUCAAGGCAGACGACAGGCUCCCCGUCCAAAACAGGUUCCCCCGGCACAGCGAAGCAAGACGGGGUUAUCGCCAAGCUCCUCUGUACGAUCCACGGCUAGCACAGACACUACUGCUACCACUGCCAGCUAUGGAAGCUCCCUAAUCUCUCCGUCCUCGAACUGGAGCGGAGUGUGGUCGAUGGGCUCUGGCUUUGACACACAUGCAACUUCUCCCAUCGAUGGAGUCACAUUUGACGACAUGUUCGAUACCGAGAUGCACCUCGAUCACAAUCCUUGCCCCGAUUAUCUUCACCUGAAGUUCUGUGAGCUGCCUGGAACUAUUCCAGAUGUCAGCCAGAAGGCCUGCGAGACGGCUCUUGAUCCUAUUAAUGACACCGAAGACCCUGUACCCACCAAUCCAACGCCCAUUCCUGAAAUUCGUCUGCAGGAAGAACAGAUUGUUGAAUCCAUUGCCCCGGUCGUCCCGGUAGCCCUGACCGAGUCUGAAGAGCGCGAAGUUGGACCAGAAAGCGUCUGCUGUUCAGAGGCUACAUCGCUCGUCAGCUCCGUCUGGGAUGCUUUCAUGGAACAUGUCGUGUCGUCCGCGGUGAAAAUUCAGGACCAACGCGACGUAAACGUGCUUGCCAAACAAUUUAACGGAAUGGCGUGUCGUACAAUAGUCACGAGAGGGCUGCAUACUCUCCGUGCCUUUAUUGCAAAGACAGGCCAGCUAACGGCGACGGAUCUAAUAUGUUUCCUUCAUCUGAUCGGCUCCUUCAAGGUGGUGCUACGCGAACAGGAUGCAUCCAAACAUUUCAACAACCUGUUUUUGCAGGCAUUGGCUUACUCUUCGAGGUUACCGCAAAGUGACCGCGACGUCUACCGUCAGCUCGUCAAGCUCAUAUGGCAGCCUCCAACGAUCACCCAGGAAGACGUGCAAAACUACAAGGAUUUGAUAGCACGUUGGUCGUUCGGGUCCCCGUUUGAUGUUAAGGGCAAAGCACCCGAGGUCUUGCAUACGGCACACGGUCAGCGAAUGUAUGACCCACUGCUUGCUACCGCACAAGACUUCCUGGAUGCACUCGAGAUGUCGGUUGUUCAUAGUUGUGAUUCGCUUCCCCUUGGUGUUCAGGUGUCCGACUUAAACAUUGUGCACUUGAAAGAGGCCAAUGCAUUGGACCGGGAACUUGUUGCAACAGUGCAGUCUGUGAUGGAAGUCCUGUCUCGUGGGUUUCGCAACCACGAGUUGCUGAAUAACGGGCUAAGAAGGGUAUCCCAAAGGGUUUUUGACGGUUCUAUCUCCGGUGUUCGGAAAAUCGAGCUUGCAUUGCUGAAGGCUGGCAAGGACUCGUUGCCGCGUGAGAGGUUCUUCGACGAAUAUGUUCCUCGGGUCAGGAAAUUGUGCGAUCAAGUUUACGAGAAGCACGAAGAAGGGGUCUCUCAACGGGACAAAUACCAUGUCCUUGGCAUCGAAUUAAUCGAAAAACUGAUACACGAUUUUGACACCUCGAGCUCAAAGGCGAAACUCUCUGAUGCUCUGGACGCUGGAUUCCUCGAAGACGCAAUCUCUGAAACGAUCGUGCAAGCGGCACAGUUCUCAAACGUAUCAACAAGCAGUCCGAAGGGACCUCGUUCCCCUUAUUUUAACACGCAAUUACCAACGCCAACAGAAACGUCUAUCAACACGCCGAGUAACUCCUCGAGCAGCGGGGAUGCAGAGAGACCACAACCGCAGCAAGCACCGCCAGCGGCCCAGUCCCCAAGUCAGCUUGGAACUCAGGGGUCACAGCGACAACCGCGUACAACCGGGCAGCAGAAAGAAGUCGUCGAAGCAGAUCUGUGCUGCAAGAUUUGCGGAUACCGCCCCAAAGGCCACCCACAGUGGUUCAAAGGUAGCAUGUCCAAGCACAUGCGCACCCAGCAUAGGACAGAGACUGAGUAUUUCUACUGCAAUUUCCCUGGCUGCACGAGCAAGUUCCGUAACCGGGCCGACAACCUGCGGAAACAUAAGAUGGAGAAAAAUCACUGGUGUGAGGAAGACCUGGUCCCGGCGACCAGUGCUGCCAGCUCGUCUUCCUCUGUCCAGACUGCUGCUGGGUCAAGGAGGCCGAGCAAGAGAAAAAAGAUGGCGGACGAUCAUGAGCAGUAG